UUGACGUAUUAUAGCAACGCGUUAUUAUUGCAAAACUUUUACCAAUUUUUUAAUAACAAUGUGCACUGAUGAUCAAAAACCUUUGUUCAGAGAUCUUACUGCAGAAGAUCCAGAUCCUGAAGUGACAGAAAUUGAGUCUUUUUGUGUUAAUUGUCAUGCGAAUGGUAUGACUCGUCUCCUUCUAACACGAAUACCAUUUUACAAGAAUGUCGUUAUAAUGUCGUUUUCCUGUGAGAAGUGUGGAUUUGAGAACAAUGAGAUACAACCUGGUGGGGCGUACGCUGAGCUUGGAGUACGAUGGAAACUCCGUGUAGAAGACCCCAUAGACUUAAAUAGACAAGUAGUUAAAAGUGACUACACGGCAGUACGCAUACCGGACUUGGACUUUGAGAUACCAGCGCAGAGUCAGAAAGGAGAAGUAACAACAGUUGAAGGUAUCAUUAGCAGAGCGAUGGCAGGCCUCAACCAGGAUCAGGAGGUGCGAAGACAGCAACAUCCAGAUGCAGCGGCCCAAUUAGAUGAAUUUGUUCAGCGCAUGCAGGUUUUGAAGAAUGGUGAGAAACCGUGGGUGCUUGAGCUAGAAGACAUUAGUGGCAAUUGCUUCAUAGAAAAUCCAGAAGCGCCUAAGAAGGACCCGAGAUGCGAGAGGUCUGACUUCAAACGGAGCAAGGAACAGAAUAACAUCCUAGGGAUUUACAUGCAGGAUGAGCCGGCGCUGUCAGGUGCGCUGUCCCCCUGCGACCCCGAGCUGAACAGUUACGAGCGGCUUGUGGCGGACGAGGUACUGCAGUUCCGCACCAACUGUCCCGAUUGCAACGCGCCCGCUGACACCAACAUGAAGAUCACUAACAUACCACAUUUCAAGGAGGUGGUAAUUAUGGCGACUGUUUGUGAGGCGUGUGGUCACCGUACUAACGAGGUGAAGUCGGGAGGUGGAGUGGAAGAUAAGGGUGUUCGUUUUGAAGUCAGGAUUGCUAAUCGUGAAGAUUUUUCAAGAGAUGUACUCAAGUCUGAAACCUGCAGCAUGUCAAUACCGGAGCUAGAUUUGGAAGUGGGUGGCAGAGCUCUGGGUGGCAGGUUCUCCACCGCGGAAGGCCUCGUGAGGGCCACGUUGGAACAGAUCAAAGACGCGCCCACGUUACAGGGAGACGCGCCCAAGCUUGCUAAGGAGAACUUGGAAAGAUUCACAGAGAAGUUACAAGAGGUUAUAGAUGGCAAGCGAGCGAUUACACUUAUAUUGGAUGAUCCAGCGGGCAAUUCUUACGUUCAGAAUUUGAACGAUGAUCCCGCCACCUUUGAUGAUGGUUUAAAAGUCACUAGAUAUGAAAGAACAUACGAACAGAACGAUGAACUUGGCCUGAAUGAUAUGAAGACUGAGGGCUAUGAUGUAGAAAGCUGAAAUUAAUCGUAUAUUAAACAUUAACAGGGUUGCCAUACCUUAAAAUCGUGGACAUAUGAUGUGUUUACUAUGUUCUGAAAAUUAAUGAUUUGUGAAAUUAAAUGAUUAAUUUCUUACCAUAUAUAUAUAUAUAUAUAUAUAUAUAUACUUGAAUAAUUAAUAUCUACCAAAGUCGUACUGUUCAUUGCAAUGGGGUGGAAUAUGCUCAAAACAUUCUCCUUAUUAGGGGAGGAGAUUUGUUCUCAGCUGUGGGACAUACAGGCUGUUAUUGAAGUAUGAUAUUUACAAGCAUUUACGAAGAAUAUCCGCAAAACAACUGUAUUAUGUAGUAAUAUCAUAUCAUUAUUUUUAGUAGUUAAUAUAUCUGUAAAUAAAAAUAUCUUUUUUGCGUCUGGUAACCCCGUUAUGUUUUAAUUUAGUAAGUAAAUAAGAAUUUUUUAAAAUAAUUGUGAAA